GUAGCAUAGAGUCUCCUCCAACACCGCCUCACAUUUGUCCUCUUUACUCUUUCCCUUCCUCUCUCGGCGUCUUGGGAUCGUUUGUCUCGUAGGUUACUACGAUUACAGAGUCCGACGGCACAAUGGCAGAGGAAGCGGGGAUGAUCGCGGCAGCGAGAGCGUCCGAGGAGGACAAGGCAAGGGAGAGGGAGGCUGACCCGUCGGAUGAGAUCGAGGAAGGCGAGAUCGAGGACGCCGACGCCGAUUCUGAUGCCGACGCCGCCAGGAGGGGCGGCGCCCAGCCUCACCCCUUGGAAAACUCCUGGACGUUCUGGUUCGACAACCCCUCCGCCAAGUCCAAGCAGGCCGCCUGGGGCAGCUCCCUCCGGCCCAUCCACACCUUCGCCACCGUCGAAGACUUCUGGAGCCUCUACAAUAAUAUCCACCACCCGAGCAAACUGAUUAUGGGAGCAGAUUUUCAUUGCUUUAAAUACAAGAUUGAGCCAAAAUGGGAAGAUCCAGUUUGUGCUAAUGGAGGGAAAUGGACCAUCAGUUGUGUUAGAGGAAAAGCAGACCAACUGUGGUUGUAUACUUUACUGGCAAUGAUUGGUGAGCAGUUCGAGUAUGGGGAUGAAAUUUGUGGAGCAGUUGUUAGCGUCCGUGCGAAACAAGAAAGAAUAGCUUUGUGGACCAAGAAUGCUGCCAAUGAAGAAGCUCAGAUAAGCAUCGGGAGACAGUGGAAAGAGCUCCUUGACUAUAAUGACACGAUUGGCUUUAUUUUCCAUGAAGAUGCAAAGAAGGAUAAGGUUCCUAAGAAUCGGUAUACUGUGUGAUAUCUUUGUCAUCGGAGAGAACUUAUUUGACUUUUCUAAUUUAAGAUGACAUUUAGCACCUUCUAAGUUGUAAUACAAACUCUUAUUUCUUGGUAUUAUUAUCUUCACUGCCUCUUAUGAGAA